AUUUUCCCUCCAGCAUUCUUUGACAUAAUGAUCCAUCUGGUUUUGCACUUGCCUGAUGAAGCAAUAUUGGGAGGACCUGUAUUUAUGAGGUGGAUGUAUCCUUUUGAAAGAUACAUGAAAAAAUUAAAAAACUAUGUCAGGAAUAAAGCUCGUCCUGAAGGAUCUAUAGCAGAAGGAUAUGUUGCAGAUGAGGCUUUGACAUUUUGUUCAAUGUAUUUCAAAGGUGUGGAAACAAAAUUUAAUCAGCCUGAUCGUAACGAAGAUGCACCGUAUGUGAAUCGACACCUCACAGUGUUUGAAUCUCAAUGUCGUCCUCUUAGUAAGGGAAUUCCCGUGCCCCUCGAUGAAAAUACUCGGAAUAAAGCUGAGUGGUUCAUAUUGGAUAAUUCUCCAGAAACUGAAGUGUAUUUAGAGGAACACCUAACUGAGGUGCAACAAAGAGAUAUGGCUGCCAAUCAUAAAUUGAUACAUAAGAAAGAGUUUCGUUCAUGGUUUCAUAAGAAGAUAUAUGACUUGCACCAACUUGGGUCAUUAGAGCAUGCUGAUGAAUUACUAGCUUUAGCAUCUGGGUCAGAUCUAUUGGCUUACUCCUACCAAGCAUGUAUAGUGAACGGAGUUCGAUUUGUCUCAUACAAUCGAGAUCAUAAUUGAAUUACACAAAAUAGUGGAGUGUGUGUUGCUGGAACAGAAGGUUUUAACUAUUACGGGCAACUUGAAGAAAUACUCCAGCUGUCUUUUACUGGUUCUUAUUCGGUGGUAUUAUUUCGAUGUAAAUGGUUCAAUACAGAUCCGAAAAAAAGAAAACCAUCACUGUAAAUAAUAUUACUAGUAUCAAUGUUAGCGGUGAAUGGUAUAAAGAUGAACCGUUCAUACUAGCUAGUCAAGCAAAACAAGUAUUCUACAUCGAUGAUCUCGUUAGAGGACGAGAUUGGAAAGUUGUCCAAGAAGUGAAUCAUCGGCAAGUUUGGGACUUUCCAGAUGCUUCAGAUAUGAUUGCUGAUGUUGAUGUUG